CCGGAAGUCAGUACAGUACUUCCGCCUCCAUACACUUCCUGGUUGGAAGACGAGGGGCUACAUUAUCGCGGGAUGGAAGGAGACUCAAGCAGAUUUAAAAUCCACACUGCAGUUUUUUGCAAGAAAAAGAAACAAUCUUCUGUGUCUGAGAAAAGACCCCAGAUACCAGCCCCUGAGAGCUUGGAGAAUGAGCAUCCUAACCUAGUCAAGAGGAAGAAGAGGAGGAAGGAGUCCCAGACACCAGCCCCUGAGAGCUUGGAGAAUGAGCAUCCUCACCUAGCCAAGAGGAAGAAGAGGAGGAAGGAGUCCCAGACACCAGCCCCUGAGAGCUUGGAGAAUGAGCAUCCUCACCUAGCCAAGAGGAAGAAGAGGAGGAAGGAGUCCCAGACACCAGCCCCUGAGAGCUUGGAGAAUGAGCAUCCUCACUUAGCCAAGAGGAAGAAGAGGAGGAAGGAAUCCCAGCCACCAUCCCCUGAGAACUUGGAGAGUGAGCAACCUUGGGUGUCCAAACUGGGGAAGAGGAGGAAAGAGUCCCAAACACCAGCCCCUGAGAGCUUGGAGAAUGAGCAUCCUCAGGUGUCCAAGCUGGGGAAGAGUAGGAAGGAGUCCCAGCAACUUACUUCUUCCCUUCUGGAAAAUUCAGAAACCUUCCAUAAAGCCAAAAAGACCACUUCUACCCAUAAAAAGAAAAAGAGAAGUAGUGUUUGGGAGGUGGAUAUGGAAACAGGGAUCAUCCUUGUAAAUAAAGAAAACAUGGAGAACCUGCUCGAGAGUUCUAGAAAAGAUGUGGAUAUUGUUUAUGUAGAUGUGAGCCAGGAACAGAAGUUAGCAAAAAUGGACAAAGCAGAGGAGCUGCCCAUUGUCAGGUUCCAAAAACAUGACCAUCAAGAGCUGCACAGUGACGUUCAGAGCAAAAAGAAUCGAAAGCAUCCAAAGAAAGCUGCAUCCUGGGAUGCUGUACAGGGAAACCAGCCUGAGAACAUCACCCUGCCCCACUCAGAAUCCUUGUCUUCUGUGGAUCUAGAAGGCAAAAGCACAGAACUACCAGUGUCUCAUAAAAAAACAUCUAAGGAAAAAGUGUUCAGGAACCAGGAAUUGGGGGCCACGCCCGAGAGUCUUGAUAGCGCACACCCUGGAGGAGAGGUUGGGACUGAAGCAGGUGAGAGGGUCAGAGGACCCCACAGUACCAGGAAAAAGUCUAAGAAAAGGAAGGAUGCAUCUGCUGCUAUCGCCACCUCUAGUGACAAUGUCACGCUGCUUGACAGCAAUGCUGAGAAUGUCUCCGUGGAUUCAUUAGAAGGCACUGGUGCUUUGAGGGAAGAGGAUGUGGACUGCAGACCAAGGAAGGCAGAAACCCAGGCUUGUUCCAGUGAGAAGCAUGCAGAGGAGAUGCAGGGGUUAGAAUCUACCCAUGAAGAAGAAAGCAAUUUGGAAUCAGCCAGCAAUUCUGAAACAAGAUAUGUGUCUGAAGAUGGGAGGGAUUCUGAAGAAUCGGAUGUGGAUUUGGACUCUGCGGUGAGGCAACUCCAAGAGUUCAUUCCUGACAUACAGGAAAGGGCAGCCACCACAAUCAGACGCAUGUAUCGGGAUGACCUGGGGCGCUUCAAAGAAUUUAAGGCACAAGGUGUUGCUAUUAGAUUUGGCAAAUUUUCUGCUAAAGAAAAUGAACAAAUAGAGAAAAAUGUGCAAGAAUUCCUGUCCCUGACUGGAAUUGAGAGUGCAGACAAGCUGCUGUACACAGACAGAUAUCCAGAGGAAAAGUCUCUGAUCACCAACUUAAAACGAAAGCAUGCAUUCAGACUGCACAUUGGAAAAGGCAUUGCUCGGCCCUGGAAGCCUGUGUACUAUCGAGCAAAGAAGAUGUUUGAUGUGAAUAAUUACAAAGGCAGGUACAAUGAAGAAGAUACUAAGAAGCUGAAGGCGUACCAUUCCCUCCAUGGAAACGACUGGAAAAAGAUCGGGGCCAUGGUGGCCCGCAGCAGUCUCUCUGUCGCUCUGAAGUACUCUCAGAUUGGUGGUGAUAGAAACCACGGUGCUUGGAGUAAGACAGAAACCCAGAGACUAAUCAAGGCUGUGGAGGAUGUGAUCCUAAAGAAAAUGUCUGCCGAGGAGUUAAGAGAACUGGACUCUAGACUUCAGGAAGAUCCCGCGGGUCGCCUGUCAGUCGUCCGGGAAAAACUGUACAAGGGCAUAUCCUGGGUGGAGGUGGAGGCCAGAGUGGAGACCAGAAACUGGAUGCAGUGCAAAAGUAAGUGGACAGAGAUUCUCACCAAAAGGAUGACCCAUGGUGGGUUCGUGUAUCGUGGGGUCAAAGCUCUGCAGGCCAAAAUCACCCUUAUUAAAAGGUUGUAUGAACUAAAUGUGAAUGAUGCUAAUGAAAUAGAUUGGGAAGAUCUUGCUAGUGCCAUAGGGGAUGUCCCUCCACCUUUUGUUCAGGCAAAAUUUUAUAAGCUGAAAGCUGCCUGUGUUCCUUUUUGGCAGAAAAAGACUUUUCCAGAGAUCAUUGACUACUUAUAUGAGACCAGUCUGCCUUUGCUGAAGGAAAAGUUAGACAAGAAGAUGGGGAAGAACAGCAGCCAGAUCCAGACGCCCUCAGCUCCCAAACAAGACUUCCUAUUCAGAGACAUCUUCUACUGCGAUGACGACGGCAGCGACGGGGAGGGCUCGGAGGAGCCCGGGGAGGGUUCGGAGGCGCCCGGUGCCCCUGGUGUGCAGUGACUGGAUCUCCUCUGCCGCAGACUGGUCGCUGUUCCCUUGGACCUCCUGCUGUGCAUCCCCUCUUCUGGGUGGACUGCUGGUGGCCCUGUCUGCUGGCACACCUGUGCUCUCUGUAGAAGCUCAGCUGUCAGUCUUGGAAGAGUCUGUCCAGCUGGGCACAGCUCCCACUGUCCUCUCAGGAAAAGGUGAAAGGGGGCUCUUCUAUCAAUCAGGAAAGCAAAACCAACGUAGGCGUUUCAGAGAGAACUUUCUACAGGGGUUUAGGUAACAAAAAGUGUUCAAGAUCUGUGCAUGGUGGUGCACACUGCACUGUGGAGACAGGCAGAGGGGUCACGAGAUUGAGGCCGGCCUGGGUUACAUAGUGAGACGUUGUCUCAAGCACACACACACAAGUUGUUAAAUGGGAUGCUGGAGCCAACAGGAGGCAUGCAUUGUCCAGAGAGCUGGCAGGCCCUGCAGAGAAGUGUGUCGCCCUGCAGACCACCCCAGUUUCCCGGGUUCCCCAGGCUGUCUGCCGCUGCUGCUGUCCUGCAGUGGCCCAUGGCCCUCCACAGCACAUCUCUCUGCAGAGACAUGUGUCCAUGUAUGACCUAAGCAGAACUCUGCUGCAAGGGAGUCUGGAACACCAAGUGUUCAGACUUCUGUCCCAUCUGUGCUGGGGAGCACAGAGGAAGGAAAGUGUGGCAAAUUAUACCCUAUACUGUGUUCCCGUUGGUGCCUCUCAGCAAUCUACUGCCCCCUCUACAGCUCUCAGAUGCCAUUUCUAUGGCACCGUUAGAAGUGGGCUAGACCAGCCACAGGAGAAGGGAACACACUAAGAGGGGGGCUUCUGCUUGCCACUGUACCCCAGCACUGCAUUGACAUGCAGAUAAUAUUGAGUAGUCUGGUGGUGCACAUGCAUGGAUCCAGCACUCAGGUGGGGGUGAGAGGAUUGGGAGUUCAAUAGCAGGUUCUAGGCCAGCCUGGGCUACAGAAGACCCUGUCUCGAACAAACACACAAACAUUGAGUAAAUGAUGCUGUCUUAGUACAUGCUUCUCUACCUAGCCUCCUCUGUCCCUCAGACAUUCUAAUCUCAGUGCUGACAGGACUAACUUAUUCCUACAGAAAUAAUAGUGUUAAUGUAUAAACCAAUGCUGUUUGUAAUAGAGAAAAGAAAAAUAUUCUUUAAUAAGAAGUAUGUUAAGUUAUGGUAUGAUUCUAGAAUGGAAUAUUAUAUGGUAAAUUAAAAUGAUAACAACAGAUUGGAUUGACAUGAAAGUA